AUGAGUAAAGGAUAUAUUAAAAUAAUUUUUUCUCUUUUAAUCUCAUCCGUAUAUUUGAGCAAUAAAGCUCUUGCAGCUGAUGCUAAUUCAAGUAUUGAAGCUUUACGAAGAUUUGCUCGACUAUAUAACACAAGGUCUAGUUUCCCCAAUGAUUAUUCAGAAGGAACAAGUGAACAAUCCUCCUUCGACUUAUACAUGAACCCUGAAGAAAAUAAAGAAACAGAAAAACUUAUGAACGAAUCUGAAAUUUUAUUACAACACCAUGCUACAAGUACGAAUGGUUAUAAAUUAUAUAAUAUACACAAGGAUUCAACUGAAUAUUAUAUGAAACAUGGAAAUACAAUCAUGUAUAAAUUUAAUCAUAAAAUCAAAUAUCUCGAUAAGUAUAAUGGUAUAAUAGACAUGUUGUGGAAUCCAAAUGUCAAAUAUUUUGGUAAUCAAAUUGUUAAAGGUAUUAAGGAAAUAAUCGAUCAAUUUAAUAUACGAUUUCCAAUAUCCAAUGUAUCAGACGACACAACUAUAAUUGUCUAUACAUCGUCUGAUAUAGAUGAAUAUAACAGUUUCGAUAAAAGAAAAUAUACAAACACUAUUGUAGAAAGUGCAAACUUAUCCAAAUCAAGAAUUUAUUCAUAA